CCUGACUCAGGCCCUGCAGGCUGGGCCCACCUCCACAAACCCGUCAUCGUGAUGGUGAUGGGAUCCCUGAUGUGUGCUGCAGGCGGACUCCUCUUCCUGCUCCAGUCGCUGGGGGUGACCGAAGCGUGCCAGUCGGUGGCCUCGGCCUGCCUGUCCGUCGGCCUGAUGUUUGUGGUGAUGGGGCUGGUGUGGAUCCCCGUACUGAAAGAGAAGCAGAGGCGCAAGCGGUGCUGCCAGGGAGGUGCUUGAAUAGAAGGGACUCUGUAAAUGUGAAAGUGGGAACUGUUUUUUAUUUUUAUUUCUUUUGUCAACAACGAUGCAACAGUUUCUUUUAAACCAUCCUCCAGUCAUAAAGCCGCCGUGGUUCUGGCUGAUAACCGCUUGCGUACAUUGUACUUUGACCACUGCAGGUUGUUCCGUGUGUGUGUGUGUGUGUGUGUGUGGAUAUGUGAGCGAAUGAGGGUUACACUUCACUGUCCUGCAGAUCCACAUCUGGAUUAACUCUGGCAACUUGCUCUGGAGGAUCCCCACUGCCACCAUGUCAACAUCUGUACAGGUGGAGCCAUACGCUGUGGAGCCGUACCUUGUCACGGAGACAAGGUACGGAGGAGUCGGCCGCUGCAAGUGCUCCUUCUGGUUCGCGGUGGCCCACGACAUAGUGGGUGUCUUCAUCAUGAUGGUGGGGGUGUUCGGAGGGAUCGUUCUCCACGAUUUGUUCAUCUACGCGGGGGCUAUCGUCAUCUUCCUAAGCCUGAUCUGGUGGGUGUUCUGGUACUCGGGGAACAUCGAGGUGCCACCCGAGGAGCUGGAGGACGACGUGGGCCUGAUCAAGCUGAAGAACCGUGGGCUGAGCCGGGCGGUGAGGCGCGCGUCCGAGCGCCUCUCCAGCACGAUCAGGAACUCUUUCAGAAAGAAGAGCAGCAGGCCCGUCAGAGAAGCCCCCGCAGGCAGCAGCACAGCUUCAAACACCGGCACAGAGGUGUCGCUCUCCACUAUCUAUGACAGCACCAUCGCCUCCUCGCCUCAAGGGUUAGUGAGAGAGACUUUGUCAGUAUGAGCUAACCCAUCAGACUGUAAAAAAAACCUGUCACUGAACCUGGAUCUUUAUAUUUGCUUCCUUUGCUCGUCAGCUUAAAAGGGAUUUUUUUUUUCUUUCUGUGUUUGCUUUGCUCACACGCACCAGUAAUGAUUAGACAGCAUUUUGAAGUCUUGUCUGGAUAACAUCCAAAUGUUCUCAUCUAGCUGAUAAGAUGUCAACUUUGCCCACUAUAACACAGUGUUGCAAAUGGCCCGGAUGUAGAAAUCUCUGCAUUCUCAUUAGGCCACAAUUUUGUUAUGAGUCAUGUUUGGUUGACCUUGUGGUGACUGUAAAUAGAACAAAUAAAGGGUAUAAUAAGUUAAUGAUGAGGCUGACUUUUAUUUGGGUAAUAUGUGACAAGAAUAUUUAUUUAUUUUGUGAAUACUGGUAAAUUGAAAUUUCAUAAUCUCACCUGUACAGAUAUACUGUAUAAAAAUGUCUCCAACUGCACUGAAAAGUCCCUGGAGGUUCCUAUAGAUUCAUUAUUAAUGUUCAAUAAUGUUGCUCUGCUUCUGUAUAGUAAAUAAUUAUGCAGGAGAUGUCCGGGGGUGUGGCAAUACCACCUCUCUAAGAAAUAUUUGACUAGCCACCAAAAAAAGCUGUAAAAUGUUCUGGUUGUUGACGUUUUUACAACAUUUUAUGAAGUUAUUUAACCGCCUUAUUGACUUAUCUCCAGCUGCCAGGAGUAUUAUUCUGGUAGAGAAAUUCUAAAUCCCUUUAUGUACUAAAUAUUGAACUCUCUCGAACCUAUCUACCCAAUGCAUUGUCACUAACUUGUGUUUUUGUAAUACAAACACUAGUAGUAGACCAAUUGUUCUACAUCAAACAGUGGAAAUAAAGUUGUGUGAUUCUACCUUCA